UGUAACAGCAUUAGCUAACCACUGAAGCUAGCUUUCAACAAUGGCGUCAUCAUCAACUUCUAAAAAACCGGCAUCUCUUCUCUCCGCCUCCGCCGCCGCCGAUGUCGUACCGGACUGGACCACCGAUCCUUCCGUCGGCGAUCAGAUUCGCCACCGCGGCACCGCUGCUUCCGUCGAUAACCUUACUCGUCCUGUCGUUGCUCAACCUUCAGCUUCUUCCACUUCCUCUAAAGGAACUGGGCCAACGAGUAUGGUCAAGGCACAAACUCGCCAUCCACUGGAUCCUUUAGCUUCUGCUGAGAUCUCCAUAGCUGUUGCAACAGUUAGGGCGGCUGGAGCAACACCAGAGGUAAGAGAUAGCAUGCGUUUCAUAGAGGUGGUCCUUGUGGAACCAUCCAAGAGUGUGGUUGCAUUAGCAGAUGCUUAUUUUUUCCCGCCGUUUCAACCAUCAUUGUUGCCAAGGACAAAGGGAGGACCGAUAAUUCCCACUAAACUUCCACCUCGACAAGCUCGACUAAUUGUUUACAACAAGAAGUCAAAUGAAACUAGCAUAUGGAUUGUCGAGUUAUCAGAAGUUCAUGCUCUAACUCGAGGUGGCCACCAUAGAGGCAAAGUCAUUUCGUCUAAAAUAGUGCCUGAUGUACAACCUCCUAUGGAUGCUGUGGAAUAUGCUGAAUGUGAAGCCAUUGUAAAGGACUUUCCUCCAUUUCAAGAGGCCAUGAAGAGGAGGGGUAUUGAAGAUAUGGACCUUGUGAUGGUAGAUCCCUGGUGUGUGGGUUAUCACAGUGAAGCUGAUGCUCCUAACCGUAGACUGGCCAAACCACUUAUAUUUUGUAGAACAGAAAGUGACUGUCCAAUGGAAAAUGGUUAUGCUCGUCCAGUUGAAGGAAUCGAUGUGUUAGUUGAUAUGCAAAAUAUGGUGGUGAUUGAGUUUAAAGACCGCAAACUUGUUCCUCUACCUCCAGCUGAUCCAUUGCGGAAUUACACAGCUGGUGAAACAAGAGGAGGUGUUGAUCGAAGUGAUGUUAAACCACUAAACAUUGUUCAGCCUGAUGGCCCAAGUUUUCGUGUUAAUGGGCAUUUUGUGCAAUGGCAGAAGUGGAAUUUCCGCAUAGGUUUUACGCCAAGAGAGGGUUUGGUGAUUUACUCUGUGGCAUAUGUCGACGGUAGCCGAGGCCGUAGGCCUGUGGCCCAUAGAUUAAGCUUUGUAGAGAUGGUGGUUCCUUAUGGCGACCCUAAUGAUCCUCAUUACAGGAAAAAUGCAUUCGAUGCAGGGGAGGAUGGACUAGGUAAAAAUGCUCAUUCUCUUAAGAAGGGUUGCGAUUGUUUGGGCUAUGUCAAGUAUUUUGAUGCUCACUUGACAAAUUUUACUGGGGGGGUUGAAACGAUUGAAGAUUGUGUUUGCUUGCACGAAGAGGACCAUGGAAUAUUAUGGAAGCAUCAGGACUGGAGAACAGGUUUAGCUGAAGUGCGACGGUCAAGAAGGCUAGUAGUCUCUUUUAUAUGUACCGUGGCCAACUACGAGUACGGGUUCUACUGGUACUUUUAUCAGGAUGGAAAAAUAGAAGCUGAGGUAAAGUUAACCGGUAUUCUCAGCUUGGGAGCCUUACAACCCGGUGAGAUUAGAAAAUAUGGGACUAUGAUUGCACCUGGACUCUAUGCUCCUGUUCACCAACACUUCUUCGUAGCGCGUAUGGAUAUGUCUGUGGACUGCAAGCCCGGGGAAUCCCACAAUCAGGUGGUUGAGUUGGAUGUUAAAGUAGAAGAACCGGGAGAUGCAAAUGUGCACAAUAAUGCGUUCUAUGCUGAAGAGAAACUGUUGAAAUCUGAACUUGAAGCAAUUCGUGAUUGUAAUCCUUCAUCUGCCCGACAUUGGAUUAUCAGGAACACAAGAACUGUAAACCGAUCUGGUCAAUUGACAGGCUACAAGUUAGUACCUGGAUCAAAUUGUUUACCAUUAGGUGGGACAGAAGCAAAAUUUUUGAGAAGAGCUGCUUUUUUGAUGCAUAAUCUGUGGGUCACACCAUAUGAACCUGAUGAGAUGUUCCCUGGUGGAGAGUUCCCUAAUCAGAAUCCACGUGUCGGGGAGGGAUUGGCGACUUGGGUUAAACGGAAUCGGUCUCUAGAAGAAACUGACCUUGUUCUCUGGUAUGUAUUUGGAAUAACACACGUUCCUCGACUGGAAGAUUGGCCUGUCAUGCCAGUAGAACAUAUUGGAUUCCGUCUCAUGCCACAUGGAUUCUUCAACUGCUCGCCAGCAGUGGAUGUUCCCCCCAGUUCAUUGGCUGACAUGGAGUUAAAGGAAAACGAAUUGGGAGAUAAGGCAUGUCAUAAUGGUCUCGUUUCAAAGAUGUAAAAGGAAGAAUUAUUACCACGUAAGUGUACUCCGAUUGCUUGUAAAAUUCCAUCUUCUUUGUGUAUUCAAUGUUAUUUAUCUGUGGGGUUCAUUUUAACCAACCUUUUUAGUUUCUCACGGAAGACUUGGUUGACGGUCAAUAUGUAUUUAGCAAGGAUGUCGUUUGUGCUUUAAAAUCUAUUAAUAAACAUCUUCAUCUUCUCAAA